AACAACCAUCGCCCAGACCGACGAGGACGGAAAGAGGGGUGCAUCAUGAAGGAGGCGACGAGAAAGCUGGCAACGGACAUCUUUGUCUUUGCCGUCAGCAAUGUGGCCUUCUACUUCGCCUUCAAGACGAUCAUGAAGUCCAUGGACCCUAAUCGUCAAAAGCGACUCGAUGCCAAGAAGCAGAGCGACGACAAGCUUGAGAAGCUGGGAGUAAAGGGGACUCUCCUGAAUCUGACCGAGUACGAGGAGCAGAUCGCCACGGAGCUUAUCUUGCCCGCGCAAAUCAACGUCGAUUUCAAUUCGAUCGGAGGCUUGGAUCCCAUCAUCUCAUCGCUGCAAGAGAGUGUCAUUGCGCCGUUGUGUUAUCCAGAGCUUUUUGCUGGUGCUAGCGGUCGCAACGGUCUCCUGGGUGCACCAAAGGGCGUCCUGCUCUUCGGACCUCCGGGCACAGGCAAAACAAUGCUGGCGAAGGCCCUGGCAAAGGAGUCUGGAGCUACUUUCAUCAAUAUGCACGUCUCCACGCUGACCAACAAGUGGUUUGGCGAGUCCAACAAGCUAGUCGCUGCGCUCUUCAGUCUGGCACACAAGCUUCAGCCGAGCAUCAUCUUCAUCGAUGAGAUCGACUCCUUCCUCAGAGAAAGAGCCACUGGCGACCAUGAAGUCACAAGCAUGAUGAAGGCAGAGUUCAUGACGCUUUGGGAUGGUCUCACUUCGUCUUCGGAUCGAAUCAUGGUGCUGGGCGCCACGAAUCGUCCAAAUGACAUCGACUCUGCCAUCCUCAGACGCAUGCCCAAGCGCUAUGCGGUCCGCCUUCCAGACCCUUCCCAACGGCGCAAGAUCCUCGAGAUCAUGCUCGCAGACACCCGGCUCGACCCGCGCUUCGACUACGACGAAGUGGUCCGGCGUACCGAGGGCUACAGCGGCAGUGAUCUCAAGGAGGCUUGCCGGAAUGCAGCCAUGCAGCCAGUGCGAGAAUAUAUGCGGAGCGCAGAGGGUAGGAAACAGAUCAGCAGCAACUCGAGACGAGGAUCUUCUGAUUCUCCUGUGGCAUCCUCGCCCCCGACACCCACCAAAAGCUUUCAAACAAGACCGAUCUCGAACCGUGACUUCUUCGUCUCAGAUACCGCGACGGCGGCCACGACGCUGAAGCCAGCUCGCCUUAUUGGCGAGGACCCUUUGGACUGAGACAGGUCUCAUUCCGGCCAUACUCUCCUUCUCCACGAUAGACGCCCUAUCUGAUGGACGAUGUUAAUUGUCCAUGUACUGUAAAACAUUCAAUUACUGCUCGCUAAUGGAUGAAAAAGAGGGGACACACCUAUGAAGCCACUGGUGACAUUGUAUCUU